AUGGCGACGGGCGGCGGCGUGACGUCAGGGCGCGCGGCGGGCGGGCCGGCCGGCAGCGGCGCGGGGGCGGCGGGGGGCGGCCGGCGGCGGGGGCCGCGCCCGCGGGAGGCCGGCCGCGAGGAGGCGGGGAGCCGGGCCCGGGGCGCUCGGGGCCCGACUCGCGGGAGGCGGCCGGGCGCGGGGCCGGGCCCUGGCGAAGCGCCCCCUGCGAAGCCUGAGGAGGAACCCGGCGCGCUGGGAACGGGGCAGGCAGCGGGUCCCGGGAAGGCGGACGGCGGGGGCCUUGCGCCUGGCACCGAGGGAGACGCCGGCGGCCCGCGGCCCUGCGACGGGGGAAGCCUCUCAGCAGCGCCGCGAGAAGAGUCUGUCCCACGAACACAGGUGGAGAGGAGGAAAACAAGUCCGUACUUCUCAAGUAAAUAUAGCAAAGAAGCUCCAAGCCCGCCUAGAAGGAAGGCCUUCAGGAAAUGGACUCCUCCACGUUCUCCUUUUAACUUGGUCCAAGAAACACUUUUCCACGAUCCGUGGAAACUGCUCAUUGCAACCAUAUUUCUCAAUAAGACGUCAGGUAAAAUGGCGAUUCCUGUGCUCUGGGAGUUCCUUGAGAAGUACCCUUCUCCCGAAAUAGCCAGGACCGCGGACUGGAAGGUGUCAGAGCUGUUGAAACCUCUCGGCCUCUAUGCGCUCAGGGCGAAGACUAUAAUCAAAUUUUCAGAUGAGUACCUGACCAAGCAGUGGAAGUACCCCAUUGAGCUGCACGGAAUUGGAAAAUACGGAAACGACUCCUACAGGAUCUUCUGCGUCAACGAAUGGAAAGAGGUGCAGCCGGAGGACCACAAGCUGACCACGUACCACGCCUGGCUCCGGGAGAACCGCGAGCAGCUCGGCGUGGGCUGACCGGCGGCGGGGCCCCCGCGGCCGGGUCCUGGUUGUGGAGCGGCGCCCGGCGGCCCCCGCACCAAGGAAGGAAGUGCUCAGCAGCUGUUCGGUCUCAAUAAACGCCCCUGUGUCAGCGCC